AGCGGCCCGAGCGGCGCCAUGGAGGAGGGGGCGCCGCGGCAGGCCUUUGGCUUUGGCCCUCUUGCCUGGGGCGGCCAAAGGAUUUCCUGAACCUCGCCCUUGCCCUCUGACUGGCUGGCCAAGCGGCCCAGCAGAGACCUGGAGUGGGGGGUGUCUGAGGCUGGGUAGCCACCCUUCCACUGGGCUCAGGAGAUGGAACCAAGAGAGCCAGGGCCAGGCCAGAAACCCCCAGAGGAUGAGAAAGAGGUGAUCCGUCGGGCCAUCCAGAAGGAGCUGAAAAUCAAGGAGGGUAUGGAGAAUCUGAGGCGUGUGGCCACAGACCGCCGCCAUCUGGGCCACGUGCAGCAGCUGCUGCGAUCCUCCAACCGCCGUCUGGAGCAGCUGCAUGGCCAGCUGCAGGAGCUGCAUGCCCGAGUGUUGCUGCCCAGCCCGGCUGAGCCUGUGGCCUCUGGCCCCCGGCUGCAGGCAGAGCAGUCACGGGCUGGGCACCUGGAGGCCCUGCGGAGGCAGUUGCAGGUGGAACUGAAGGUGAAGCAGGGGGCUGAGAACAUGAUGCACACGUGUGCCAGCGGCACCCCCAAGGAAAGAAAGCUCCUGGCAGCUGCCCAACAGAUGCUGCAGGAUAGCCAGCUGAAGGUGGCCCUGCUGCGGAUGAAGAUCAGCAGCCUGGAGGCCAACGGAUCCUCUGAGUCAGGCCCUGAGCUUCAGGCAGAGGAGCUACAGCAUCGGCUGCGCAUUGAGUCAGCCGUGGCCGAGGGAGCCAAGAACGUGGUGAAGCUACUUGGUGGCCGCAGGAUACAGGACCGCAAAGCCCUGGCUGAGGCCCAGCUCCAACUGCAGGAAUCCUCCCAGAAGCUGGACCUCCUGCGGCUGGCCUUGGAGAAGCUGCUGGAGGAAUUACCUCCUGCCCACCCUCUGCGCAGCAGGGUGGCCCAAGAACUGCGGACUUCAGUGCUUGGGAACAGCCAGCCUUCAGGAAUGCUUGUGAAGCCCGUCGCCCUGACAGGAACACUGCAGGUCCGCCUCCUGGGCUGUAAACAGCUGCUGACCACCGUGCCUGGACGUUCUCCAGUGGCUGUGCUGGCUGGCAGCCCCUCUGAGGGCUGGAUCCGAGCCAGAGCCAAGCAGCAGCGUGGUGGAGGUGAACUGGCCAGGGAGGUGCUGGCUGUGCUGAAGGUGGACAACCGUGUUGUGGGCCAGACAAGCUGGGGACAGGUGGCUGAGCACUCCUGGGACCAGACCUUUGUCAUCCCCCUGGAGCGAGCCCGUGAGCUGGAGAUCGGGGUGCACUGGAAGGACUGGCGGCAGCUGUGUGGUGUGGCCUUCCUGAGGCUGGAGGACUUCCUGGACAAUGCCUGUCAUCAGCUGUCCCUCAGCCUGGUGCCACAGGGGCAGCUCUUUGCCCAGGUGACCUUCUGUGAUCCUGUUAUUGAGAGAAGGCCCCGUCUGCAGAGACAGAAACGCAUUUUCUCUAAACGCAGAGGCCAGGACUUCCUGAGAGCGUCCCAGAUGAAUCUCAGCAUGGCAGCCUGGGGGCGCUUGGUCAUGAACCUGCUGCCCCCCUGUAGCUCACCAAGUACCAUCUCCCCACCUAAGGGGUGCCCUCACUCUCCAGCUACACACCGUGAAACCUCCAACCCUGCUCCCCCCAGCGAUUUCCUGCCCAAGAAGACCUCCUUGGGAGAAGAGAUGAAGCCCCCACCCAAGCCCCCACGCCUCUACCUGGCCCAGGAACCAAACCUGGAGGAGACUCCAGUGCCGUGCACCAAACGCCCACACAUGGCGCCUAGGACUGGACGCACACCCACCCCUCCAGCCUCACCUGUCAGGAAAGCCCCCCAGCUUCAGGACUUCCGCUGCUUGGCUGUGCUGGGCCGGGGACACUUUGGGAAGGUUCUUCUGGUUCAGUUCAAGGGGACAGCGAAAUACUAUGCCAUCAAGGCUCUGAAGAAGCAGGAGGUGCUGAGCCGUGAUGAAAUCGACAGCCUCUACUGUGAGAAGCGGGUCCUGGAGGCCGCAGGCCGUGCGGGGCACCCCUUCCUGCUCUCCCUCGCUGCCUGCUUCCAGACUGCCAGCCACGUCUGCUUUGUGACUGAGUUUGUGCCUGGAGGCGACCUCAUGAUGCAGAUACAUGAAGAUGUCUUCCCUGAGCCCCAGGCCUGCUUCUACCUGGCCUGUGUGGUCCUGGGGCUGCAGUUCUUACACGAGAAGAGGAUAAUUUACAGGGACCUGAAGCUGGAUAAUCUUCUGCUGGAUGCCCAGGGCUUCCUGAAGAUCGCAGACUUUGGGUUAUGCAAGGAAGGGAUCGGCUUUGGCGACCGGACAAGCACCUUCUGUGGCACCCCAGAGUUCCUGGCUCCUGAGGUGCUGACUCAGGAGUCCUACACACGGGCUGUGGACUGGUGGGGGCUGGGAGUGCUGCUCUACGAGAUGUUGGUGGGUGAGUGCCCGUUCCCAGGAGACACGGAAGAGGAGGUGUUUGACUGCAUCGUCAAUUCAGAUGCCCCAUACCCCCACUUUCUGUCUGUGCAAAGUCUAGAGCUCAUUCAGAAGCUCCUCCAGAAGUGCCCAGAGCAGCGCCUGGGGGCAGGCAAGCAGGAUGCCGAGGAGAUCAAGGUGCAGCCCUUCUUCAGGACUACUGACUGGCAGGCCCUGCUCACUCGCACAAUCCAGCCCCCCUUCGUGCCCACGCUUUGCGGCCCAGCAGACCUGCGCUACUUUGAGGGAGAGUUCACAGGGCUGCCACCGGCUCUGACCCCACCUGCCCCUCGAAGGUCCCUUACCACCUGCCAACAGGCUGCCUUCCAGGACUUUGACUUCGUGUCCGAGAGAUUCCUGGGGCCCUGAGGGCUCCCCCACACCUUUGCCCAUGCCCCUAGACUACUGGAACCCCCACUUGCCCAUCUGUGUGCCCACCCAGAGGCCCAGGUUUAUAAGCUGUAGGACUCGCGGUGGCAGCCAGAGGGCUACUGUGGUGGACUUUGCUCACUGAGCAAAGUGUGUCCUCUGCCCUUCCUCCCAUCUCUCUUCUUCCUGGCCAAAACUGGACCAGAGAGGGUACACAGUAAGGAGUGGCUUGAUUUGUCUUUAAUAUUUGACUUGCUUUAUGGAUUAUUAAAUUUGAAAAACUGUG